AUGUCAUCAAAUCUUAACAAGGCGUUACAGAAGCCUUCACGUUUAGAGCCUUUAGCGCCUCCAGCAACGGACAGCGAGCACGGUGAGGUGUUGACACGUCUCGACGUGUGCAAACCUUCACCAAAAACUAUGCUCAAGCUUCUUCAUCGCAUCAAAGCUUUAGUCGUUCAGCUCCUCCCUCAUCAAGUCGAUAUGGACGUGUUGAGGCAGCCAGAGGUGAAAAGCCAGAUUAUUAACAGUAACACUGUUUCAACGUUCAUUGACGCCAGUGGCGAUCUCAAAGAUGCUCUCCCUUUUGCCCUUCUCAAGCUGAAACAAUAUUUCCAAAAGGAAGCUCUUCAAGAUCAGUCCGAUUACGACGAACAUAUGUGCAGAUCAGUCGCUUCCGAGGUUCUUUCCCGAUACGUCAUGCAUCGUGUAGACGCCCAAAAGCUACCGAAAGUCAUGUCUCACCGUUUCCUCUACUUAGAGUCAGACGGUGACCUCAGUGCACCGCUGAGCGUGUUGGAACUGGCCAUAGAUCUUCACGCUACUUUUUUCCUCAGCUCAGAUGAAUCCCAGACGGCGGUAACGGCUUUGUGGAAUGGCUCGUGGGUGCAGAUACACACCGAUACCAGUCAGAAUCAGAUAGAAUACGUACCAUAUCACAAGACAGACGGUCACUCCCUCUUCCACCACUUUGAUCCAUCGAAAAUCGCUGUACCCAAGUAUCAGAACUACUUGAGGAUCGUCAUAUGGGUUGUCUUUCUCGCUGUUUUUUCAUUCUCCGUCCAAUCCCCAACAGAACAACUUAACCCUAAGAAGAGAUUUGACGAGUGGGAGUAUGUCUUGUAUGGCAUGAGUAUUAGUUUCUUGUUCGAAGAAGCUAAUCGCAUGUUCAAGAGCUUACGUAUACGCGGCCUAUCAUCGGUUUUCAAUUUCUGGACGAUAGUCAAUGUCAUCACCUAUGUUAUACUCACUCUCUCAUUCAAUCUGAGGGUUGCUGGGAUAUACAGUGUGGAUGAGAGUGACAAAGACAGACUACAUAUGCUCAGUUUUGAGAUUCUCUCAAUGGCUUCACCUCUAAUUUGGAUCAAGCUACUGCCAAUUUUCGAUCUCUUCCUGUAUGUAGGCACGAUGGAGCUUGUGAUUAUUCGGAUGAUCAGGCAGAGUUUAGUCUUCUUCUUGCUACUCGGUGUCGUUUUUGCAGGGCAUGCUCAGGCGCUGUAUGCAUUAGAUGCAGCUGACGGUGAGCAGGGCAGUUUCGCAAGUAUAUGCAAAAUUCUACUCAGGAGUAUAUUCGGCGAUGCAGACUUUGGUACAGUUGCAAAUCAGGCACGAUUCGGUCAGCCGUUUGGCGAGUUUAUCUUCUACGCUUGGUGCUUCGUUACCAUAAUCAUCCUCUUAAACGUACUUGUCGCGCUUUAUGCCUCCAGCUAUGAAGGUGUAACAGACGACGCCGUCAACGAGUUUAUGGCCUUCUUCGCUGGGAAGACAGUCAGUAUGAUUCGUACACCUGAUCACUUUGUCUAUGUGGCGCCGUUUAAUUUAAUUGAAGAUAUCUUUGUCGCGCCUUUUGAAUGGAUAGUCACGAAAGAGACAUACAGCAAGAUCAACAGGGUAGUAUUAAGUGUACUGUUUUUUAUACCGCUUAGUAUCAUUGCAGCGCUAGAAGCUAAUGAUGUCUUUAGGCAGACGACUGUUUAUAAAAAUUUUAUCGACACGCGUAUUCCAUUUAUGGACGCGGACGUAGACGAUUUAGAUGAAGAGGAUGAGGAGUAUAAGAUAUGCAGACAUAGGUUUGAAGAUUUAAAGAAAAGGCUUGAGUAA